AUGUCGCCGUCGUCUGGGUCCCACGUCGACGUGGAUGAGUGGGUAUUCCUGGUAGGCACAAUUGCUGCAAUUCCAUUGUGUGCCCUUAAGCUCGCUUCUAGGGGCUUUUCACUUGAAAUGUACGCUACAGUUCCUCGCCGCCGCCCGACUCCUCCUCAUCCCGGUCUGGACCUCGCAGCCCGCGACGAGGCGGCCGUCGGCGUCGCGCUGGUCGCGGCCUGGCGCUGCUUCGGGGAUGGCGGACUCGACGCCCUCGUCAACUGCUCCUCCUACGACGGGGAAGUGCAAGACUGCCUCAGCGUAUCUGAAGAUGAGUACAAGAAGACCAUGAAAGUCAAUGUAAUCACACCUUGGCUUCUGAUAAAGGCGAUGGCGAAGCGGUUCCGGGACGCGCAGUCCGGCGGUUCCGUCGUGUGCUUGACCCAGAUCAUCGGCGCCGAGAGAGGAUUGUAUCCAGGGGCUGCAGCAUACGGCACGAGUUUAGGCGCUGUUCAUCAGCUCGUCAGACUGUCGGCGAUGGAGCUCAGCAAGCACAAGAUCAGGGUGAACGCCGUCUGCCACGGCCUGCACCUGGGGGACAAGUUCCCUGUCUCUGUUGGGGAGGAGAAGGCCGAGAAGGCGACCGGGGAGGAGAUGCCGCUGCGGCGGUGGCUGGACCCGGACAAGGACCUGGCGUCCACGGUGCUGUACCUGGUCGGCGACGAAGGGAGCGCCAAUAGUUGA